AUGUCGACUCAGAUGAUUGCCAUCACCAACUCAGCCCAGCCGGAGCGCACGGAACCAUUUCCUCCUCGCCGUGCUCACGAGAUUAUUCAAAAAUUGCAGACUGAUCAUGUAACGGUCCUCGGAGGUGCAAGAGUAGUGUACGAUGGCAGGGCAAAUCUCUUUGUUGCGGCGGAUAUUCCAUCUGGAGAGUAUGCCGUUCACAUGGGUCUCAAUGCGAAUCGCGGGCAUUUUGUCGUCAAGCUGAAGAAGACGGCUAUGAUCGAUCCAACGGACAUUCUCAACUUAACUCGCAAAGGAGGCUUCACUCCUCAUACGAGCUCGAUGGCUGUUAACCUGGUGCAACUUAUUGUUCGCCAGGAAGCCAAUUUGCGUCAUGGCUUCCUUGCUGAUGCUCGGUCAUUUUAUGUUCGCACGGGUGAGCGUGAAUUAGAUAGAGGCCUGAAAGCAUGGAGGGGUUUUUUCCAGAGCGUUCGUCCAGUUCUUGGCAGGCUAUUGAUCAACGUCGACACGUCAACGGCUGCAGUGUACAAUGAUGGUCCGCUGACCGCCUUGGCCAUGAAAUACCUUGAUAUACACAAUUUGCGGGAACUUGAGAACUUGAAAUCAUCAAAUAUGAGGAAGUUGGAACAAUUUCUCAAGGGUGUGCUCGUUGUAGUUACACAGCCGCAAAGGUCCUCAGCACAACGACGAGCCCGUGCAAUCAGCGGUUUGGUACCUCAGGCAGGAGAAUACCGGUUUGAGAAAGAUGGCGUGACUACGACUGUUAAGAAUCACUUUCUCCAGCAACACAACUAUCGCGUCCGGAACCCCAAUCUUUUUGGUGUCAGGAUAGGGAAGACUGCGGUUUUUCCAGCAGAAGUGUGCAAUGUCGUUGAGGGUCAAAUUUAUCGAAAGAAGCUUUCUGUGUCUCAGCAGACUGCGUUUAUCAAGUUUGCAACACAGGCACCUGCAGACAAGCUGAAGGCAAUUGGAGAUGCAACUAAAGGGGAUGCACUGGACUAUAAGGUGUCACUGAGCAUGCAGGAGGCUGGCAUGGAAAUUAGUACAAGUCCUAUCCAAGUCAAUGGACGACUCCUUGAAUCACCACCAAUUGAAUAUGGUAGGAAUGAAACUGUGACUAUUAACAAGAAAACAGGGUCGUGGAAUAUUGUACGAAAGCAAUUCUUUGCACCUGAAGCAAUUAGGUGUUGGGCAGUGGCAUGCUUUGAAAAUGUACCUCCCCAUGUGGUUGAGACGUUUGUAUCUAAACUGUAUGCAAAUCUGACUAAACUUGGAACACAUGUUCAUUUGUCAUCACCACCUAUUGAAUAUGGUAAUCCUGCAGAGGUGAAGAAGACUCUUGAAAGAGCAGGAGAACUUGCACUUCAGAACUCAAAUGUUCAACCUAAGAAAGUUGAUUUUAUACUUGUCAUUCUACCUCAGAAUGCUGCAGAAGUUCGGGCUCAGGUGAAGUAUUGGGGGGAUGUCUUUCGUGGAGUGUCAACACAGUGUGUGCGUGUUGGCAAAUUUGAGACAGCGGGAGAUCAAUAUUGCAAUAAUGUUGCACUUAAGAUCAAUGCUAAGAUUGGAGGUAUCAAUUCAGUGUUUGUAUCUCCAGAUGCAAAACAAUUUCUUGCUAGCACUAUGGUUGUUGGUGCUGAUGUUAGUCAUCCUGGACCUGGUAUAUUCAAUAGGCCAUCUAUUGCAAGCCUAGUGGCAUCUAUGACACCAAGCAUGUCAGUUUAUAGAUCUCAGAUGCGACUCCAGGAACCACGUCAUGAGAUUAUAAAAGAUUUGGAGAAUAUGAUGUUGGUUGCACUACAGGAGUGGUAUAACUUUCGCAAGCGGUCUCAGUUACCUAAGACAAUCCUGUUCUAUCGGGAUGGGGUUUCUGAAGGUGAAUUUGAGAAAGUGUUUAAUGAAGAGAUUGGAUAUAUUAGGAAUGCAUUGAACACUGCAAUAGAGGGGAUUAUGCAUGCUGCAACAAGAAGUGGUAUACAGCGAAGUGCUCCUGAUAAUCCACAGUUAAUCUUCAUUGUGGUUGGCAAGAGACAUCAUAUUCGGUUCUUUCCGCAGAAUCCUCAUGACAGUGAUAAGUCUGGCAAUUGUCCCACAGGCUUUGUGGUUGAGGAUCAAGUCACAAACACGGAAUUAUUCAGCGAGCACUACAAAGACUUCUACCUACAGUCCCAUAGUGGGAUAAUAGGCACAAGCCGGCCUGCACACUACAUUGUUCUGCAGAAUGAGACAAGUCUCGGUCUACAACAUCUUCAGCAGGUUUCGUAUUUGCUCUGCCAUGUAUAUGCCAGUGCUACGCGCGCAGUGUCUAUCCCUGCCCCAGUAUACUAUGCAGAUCGGGUCUGUUCACGUGCAGCAUACCACUUCCAUCCCGACCAGAACCUGCACUUGGAGGAGAAUUCGUCGUCUUCGAGCGAUGCUUCCCGAGAAUUUGAUCUGGCCAAGUGGAAGUCAGCGUUCAAGGAGUCGGCUCUGAGCAGACAACUCUACUUUCUGUGA